AUGUCAGCAAAGCGUGGUCCCAUAACUUGUCAUAUUCUUGAUUCUUCACGCGGGAAGCCUGCAAAUAAUGUUAAAGUAAAACUUGAAUUCAAAGAGUUUCAAGAUAAAGAAAAUUGGACAAUAAUUGGAGAAACAGAAUCAGAUAAUGACGGAAGAUGUCAAAAUCUUGUUUCUUCAGAUUACAAAAUUACAUUCAACGGUGAUAAUGAGUCAGCAAUUUAUCGUUAUUUUUGA